GCUCAGCAUAAAUACUUCCGGCCUGGUGAUCUUGGGCACAUAAAUACUGCCUGUCCAGGGGCAACACUCCAGCCCUGGUGACCCGGGGAAGCCCAGAUUCUCACUGGCAGGUGUCCCACUUAACACGGGGAUGUGCUCGCUGCCUGUGCCCCAGGAGCCCCUGCGCCGUGUGGUUGUGACUGGGGGCACCCAUGGCAACGAGAUGUCUGGUGUCUACCUGGCCCGGCACUGGCUGCGGACCCCAGCAGACCUGCAGAGACCCAGCUUCUCUACUGUGCCUGUGUUGGCCAACCCAGCAGCCACAGCCCUCUGUCGCCGCUACAUAGGCCGUGACCUCAAUCGCACCUUCACCAACACCUUCCUGACUUCCAGGGCCACCCCAGAUGAGCCAUACGAGGUGACAAGAGCCCGUGAGUUGAACCAGCUACUGGGGCCCAAAAACUCCAGCCAGGCCUUCGACUUUCUCCUCGAUCUGCACAACACCACAGCCAACAUGGGCACCUGCUUCAUCUCGAAUGCCACAGACAUCUUUGCCAUGCACUUGUGCCACCACCUACAGUUUUCUCCCCCAAGGCCUGGGUUCCUGAUUUGCCCCUUCCGUCUCCAGCUGAAGAACCCCGAGCUGCCCACCCGGGUCCUAGUGUACCGGCUGCCCAAGGAGGAAACAUACAGCCUGGACUCUGUGACCAAACACGGAAUGAGCUUGGAGUUGGGCCCCCAGCCUCAGGGCGUGCUGCGGGCCGACCUCUUCUCCCGGAUGAGGUCCCUGGUGUCCUCUUCUCUGGACUUCAUCGAGCUCUUCAAUCAGGGCGCAGCCUUUCCGGCCUUUGAGAUGGAAGUCUACAGAUACUUGGGCUGCGAGGAUUUUCCACACACGGAGGACGGAGACCUGGCUGGCAUGGUGCAUCCCCAGCUCCAGGACCGGGACUUUGAACCUCUGCAGCCUGGUGCACCCAUCUUCCAGAUGUUCAGCGGCGAGGACAUGCUCUACAAGGGGGACUCCACCAUGUACCCUUUGUUCAUUAACGAGGCUGCCUACUAUGAGAAGAACAUUGCCUUCAUUAGGUCAGAGAAGCUCAUGAUCUCAGUACCUGCCUUGCCGGGGCUGACCCCCACUCCCACCCCACUAACCUAGCCACACCUGCCUGGCCUCAGCCUUCCCGUCUGAACAGUGGGUGCUGAGACACAGGGCUAAGCCCAGGGCCCUAUGCACCAUGCUCCUUGUUGGGCCACCCAAUGCCAAGUCUC